AUGGCUUCAUUCGGGUUGCAGCAGCGGGAUUUUGAUGAUGAAGACGACAGCAUGGAUGGUCUGCUCUUUGCCUUCUUUGUGCUGUUCCUGUUUGCAUGUUUAACGUCAAUCACAAUGUUGUACAUCCGAAGAAGACGAGCAGCACAGCAGGCAGCAAUACUCCCUACACAUCAGCGUCGAGGACACGAACGAUCUUUGACCAUCAGUACCACACCCUGUGUCGGGCAAGAUAAGAUAUACGUCUAUGACGAGAAGAUGAACCUGAUUGCCAACUCACAUGGUCCACCGGAUGGGCCUGUUCCAGAAAUUCGAGUGACGUUCCCUGACGAGAUGGACCAACAAUCGGGACAAAAGAUGGCAGGUCGAGUGGUGGUUGUUCGCAUUGCAGAUUCGGGUAGUAUUGGGAUGGAACCUUUGCAGCAAGAGCAGCUGCCUCCAUAUCAGCGCAGCGACGCCAAUCAAUUUCAGUCGUUGGAGCUCGAGAGACUCGGGGGACUGCGUGAGGGAGGACAGCCAGUUGGAAAACCACGAUGGUCCUGA